UAACUGAAUCUUCAUGCCGAAAAAAUGUAAACAAAAAAUGAUUAUAGUUAUUUUUUCUUUUGCAAAAGUUCUUCAGUAGGUAAUGACUACACUGUGGAUUGUGGAAUAAAUUCUUAUAUACGUUAGGGUUUUUUUUGUAACUGUUAUUACGGGGUUUUGAUGUCUUCCUGUGUUGCUGUGAAUCAUUUUGUAUCAUCUUCCGCCUUCCGUGAUCGUGUGGUUUUCCUUCAUCAAGAAGAUCAACACUGAUCAAGAUGCGGCAGAUAGAAUGGUCAAUGUGGGCCAAUGAACAGGCUAUUAUCAGCUCAUCUGUUGUCUUGUUCGGUGGAAUAAUUGGCAUCACUGGCUUCUUCAGAGCCUGGGAGAUUGGAAUAUAUGCUGUAGUAGUAGCUGUUCUUGUGUUUGUGAUUGAAUAUCCUAGAGGCAAAAGAGCUAAAGGAAGAACUACAGAGCGCAAAUUCCAACAUCCAUUUACCAGAUUUGUAAAUCGUAUUGGCUUUCUUGGGAGGAACUACUUUGUUAGAUUCCUAUUUCACCUGAUAUUGUGUGCUCCAUUAUGCUUCAUCCUUGCUACCAUUAUGGGAGGACUUUGUCUGUUUGUUACCAGUAUGAUAUAUCUUGUUGCAGCAUUUAAGGGAGAGCAGUGGAGUCCAGUAGGCCUGGAGGAGAAACCAGUUGAGGAUAACAAAAAGGAACUCAAGUCCUUCCGUCAACCAAAGAAACCCCCACCCCGUGCGCCUCCCCAGGGGAUAGAGGAUAACCACAUCUAACCAAGGAGUACGCCCUUCACUACCCAAAGAGAUUAUCAACAUUGACUCUAUUUUCAUAGUUAUAUUGCACUAGACUCUGAACCUCAUGUAUUGGUUAUGAUUAUAUUGCACAUUGCUGUUACUGGUAUUUCUUGUUAACAAUUUGAUAAAUUGUACAUUUAUGUUUUCUUCCUAUCAUUUAUACAUAUAUUAUAUGUACAUUUAUAUGUUCUCUAUCUAAAUGUAAUUGUUCUGUUUAACAUGUCUGAAAGGCAAAUAAACAAUUAAACUCAA